CAAUUCAAUGAAAGGCUGUCUGAUGAAGUGUCAAUACGAUCAAUGAUCAUGGUGACAUAGGAAAUUACUAUUUUUGUUAAAAAUCAACAAGAAAGUUUAAUAAAUUCAAACACAAAUGAUAAAUUUCGUUGUCAAUAGGUAAUUUAGAUUCAAAAAAUUGUGAUGUGGGAAACCUCUAUAUGGAGUUAUAUGCAAAAUGAAGGACUUGAGCUGUUCGAAUGGGCAAAAUGUGGAGAGGGUUAUCUGUCAGUGGUGCCGACAGCGCUGUGGGCGGCCGGGUCCGCGUUACUGGCGCAGAGGUUGCUCUCAGCGCUCUUCAGACGAUUCGUAUUCCGAAGAGUGCCACUUUGGGAACUCAUUUUACAGCACCUACUUUUCAUAUGGAUGGUGAUAUACAGUCUACAUUUCUGGACUAUACUUGUGAGAAUCCUGAAAACAGUCGUAGAAUACUGUUUUGAAGAAGAUUCCAUGAUGACCGAAGAUUACGAAGAGAGCCGCAAGAUGAUGCAGCAGUGGAUGAUAUGGAUGUGUGGAGCAGCCCCACUGGCUAUAUACAUACACACCAGGCCACGGCCUGAAAUGCCACCGCUCAUGAUAUGGAUCACAACCAGCCCCUGGCAACGUCGUGAAAUGGGUCCGUAUGGGUACUACCUGAACAGGCCCCUCUCCUCUCUACAGUCCUCCACGAACAUAUCCCUGAGGCAGCAAGCCCUCACGAUGCGUAGAGCAUUCAGCGACUCCAAAAUCAUCAUCAAAGAACCUCCUAAGAAGAAAAGACAUUCCAAAUCUGUAUAGUGUGUAGUCUUGUUCUAAGAAUUAAACAGUUUUGUCUGCAAUGCAUUGUGAUCGUCGACCGUUUGUUUAAUCUGUUGUUUUAAUGCAGUAACAAAUCUUUUGAAUAAUGUU